GGACAUCCCAGCAUUAAAAGAAAAAGUAGAGUGCAGAAAUACCGCCAAUUGGGCGGGGUAGGAAGGAAACCCUAAAAUUGGCUAAUUCUGUAGGGUGUAGAAGAGAAAAGAGCAUUAAUGGCGCAUUCAUCUGCAAGUGCGGGUGAUUCACCACCUCCCUCAAGCCCCGAUACCACCCAAAACAACCUCCAGCAUUUUUUUGUUCUUCACAAAGCAUCUGAAAAGUUAACUUGUAGUGGGAAAGCCCGAAAGAGGCUUGAUCUAAGCCCAACAAAGCUUAAGCCUGAGAAGAAGGAAUGGGAUGAGCGCUGCUUGCGAAUGGAAGCUUUUCAGUUGGUUUGGUCUGGAAUUGACUCCACUAUCAAGGACGUUCUGAGGAAUAUGAAUGCUCGUGUAUUUAAUGACAUACACAGCUGGGUACGGGACUCCUUCAAUACGAAUACAAUCAAACCAUUUCCGCCACCUUCUCCCAUUGUCACCCACCAGCUCUUCACUGCGUUCCUUCUCACCAAGAAUAUGGAGUUUGUUGAUGAUUUCUUGACAUUUCAAGAGCUUGGCCUCUUCUUGAAAUCUCACGGAUGCCAUGUGGCUAACCUUUCCUCCUCCGACUUUUCACCCAAUAAUGGCAUUGCUGGUUGUCUCACAAGGUUAUUGAGACAGUUUUUGAUGCGGACUUUUGAUGCAGCUGAUAUGUCCAUAUUGGCAUCAUGGUACAGCCAUCAGGGAAACUAUGGUUCUCCAGUGGUUGUCAUUAUAAACGAUAUGGAACGAUGUUGUGGUCCUGUCUUGUCUGAUUUCAUUCUUAUGUUGAGUGAAUGGAUUGUCAAGAUCCCGGUCAUUUUAAUCAUGGGAGUUGCAACAACAUUGGAUGCCCCAAGUAACAUACUUCCUUCAAAUGUGCUGAAGAAGUUGUGCCCUUGCAAGUUUACAUUGGGAUCACCUGCUGAGAGGAUGGAUGCAGUUGUCGAGGCUGCUCUUGUGAGGCAGUGUUCUGGUUUCGCUGUUGGUCAAAAGGUGGCUAUUUUUCUGCGAAACUACUUCUUAAAUCAGGAUGGUACAUUGACAUCUUUUUUUAGAGCUUUGAAGAUAGCAUGUGUCCAACAUUUCUCCACGGAGCCUUUAAGUUUCAUGCUCGGACAGUUGCUUGCUAAAGAAGACAGCAAGGGAUUUCAGAGUGAGAAAGUGGUUAAGGGGGCUUCCGAAAUUUUACUUCAUGCAAGGGAUCAAAUGGCUGAACAAACUGAUAUCCCUAUAGCUCAUUGUUUGACAGAGUUGAAGAGAUUGCAGAUGGUCUGGAGCUCUAUUGUUCUGUGCUUAUAUGAAGCUGGGAAGUGUGGCAAAAUUCAAUUGUUAGACUUAUUUUGUGAGACACUUGAUCCAGAUAUUUACACCUCAUUGGCUUCUGAUAAUCCCACUGGAAUUGGAGAAAGUUUGGCUACAUCUUUGUCAAGUGAUCACUGUAUGCUUGAACAAGAUUUGAGCUUCCGGAAGGGACAAACUAUUUGUCAGGUAGUACGCAAAAUUCACCACAAGGUAAAGGAGUUGCAGGCCUUGUUGAAAUUUGAGGGAGGAAGUUGUAAACCGGAUUUUACAGACGUAUACAGGAGACAUACAUCUCACAGUCCUGUAAAAAUUGGCAAGUCACAAUCAAUAAAUGGAAAAGCUGCUAUACUAGUUGAUUGCAUGGUUAGGUAUUUCAUGAGGCCGAUUGAGUGCAUACAAUGUCACGAAAUUGUUUGCUUUAGAAAUGUUGAAAAACUUCAAUCGGCUUUGAUUGGAGAUUCAAGAAAGAGGAUUCAAGUGGAUCUUUUGGAGUUCCAUAAAAUCCUACGAUGCAGUUGCUGCAGCAGGAGUGGCAACAUUCCAUUGUCAUCCAUGCCCGAUACCUCAAUUGUGUAUACCUUGGCUCAAGAGCAUGGCGAUCUUAUCAAUCUUCAUGACUGGUUCCAGUCUUUCAAAACAAUUGCCAGUCAGCCCAGAAGGAAAGGGGGGUGCAAGUUGAAGCAGUCCCCACUACCGAAAAGACGAAAGGAAGUGAAUGAAUCUGAAAACAAGAGCGAAGCAUCUAUUCAAGCCCGAUUUUGCAGGGCAAUUACCGAACUACAAAUUACAGGCCUCAUUCGGAUGCCCAGCAAAAAACGUCGUGACUCUGUGCAGAGAGUGGCCUUUGGCCUGUGACAAGUUAUAUGAGUUUGGUUGGGUCAUAAUUCUCCCCUUAAUUAAUACUUUCGGUUACUAAUGUUAUAAUUAAAUAUGAGGUUGGUAGUGGGUUCAAAUAUGCUUUCAUAUAUUUUGAGACCUAAAAGAGUUGAGAUAUGCGGCAUCCAAGAGAGUGCCCAUCGUUUUGAUGUUGGUAAGAUGACACAUGAUUGAGUGACCACAUGAAAAAGAAAUGUGCAUAUGAAUUGCCUGUUUGACAAUGUUUAUUUUGGAUGAUAAGUGAUUUUUUAAAAAUUUUGUGAAA